AAGAUUAUUUUAUCUACACAAAAAAUAAUUUAUUUAUUAAUAAUAAAUGAAAAGUAGAGGAAGCCGAGUCCUUAUUUUUCAAUUGAGUAAAUCUUGGGCGAUAAGUUGGAAUUAGCCAAAGUCAUCAAAACAAAAGCCAAAGUAAAACGCGUGAGCAAUCAAUAAUUACAUUACAUAUACAUAUAUAUUUAUUAUUAUUGACUCUUAUUGGAUUUUGUUUUUCUUGGUUGUGCACCAAAUUCGCGAUUUCUUUCCCGUUUUCGUUUCGAUUUCUCUGUUUCUCCUUCAGGUACGUUUCCUUUUUCUUUUCCUAUUUUCAUCUUCCAAGUUGUUGUUUCCCCAAUUCAUUUUUUUGUUGUUGAUUAGAUAUUGACCUUUUGUUUUGGCGCCCUAAGCUAGAAAAUUCGCUGAUCCCGCUGCAUUUGCCAGCGUGAUCAAUGAAUUUCUGACGCCUUUUGAUUCCCAAUUUUUUUCUUUUGUUAGGGAUUAGAUUAUAGAUAUCUAUUGGGAAAGGUGGGGAUUAGGUUUUUACGCCUUUGCUGAGAUGAGUUUCUUUUGUUUUGGUUUCAAUUUCUUUCCUUUGGGUGGCUUGAGCGAAUGUACAGGUCAAAAGAUCAGAGCUUUCUCGUUAAAUUGAAAAGGGCAUUUAUCUGAUUGUAAUCCCGAGGAUUUUUUGUGCUUAUUGUUGUUGCUUGAGGCGGUGGUGGUGUAAACAAGGUGUAAAUGGCUGAACCUUUGGUGGGGAAUGUGAACCAGCCGCCGAAGACUGAGGCGGGUGGGCCGAGCCAGCCGGUUCCCGAGGCUGUGGGAUGUGGGCUAAAUGGAAAGAAGCCUGAAAUGGUGGGUUCCUCAUCAUCAAUGGCAGAAGAUAACCAAGUGGCGGUGACAGUUGAGAAUGAGGAGGAAGAUGAGAAUGCACCACUGAUUGGGAUGGGGGAGUGCCGGAUUUGCCAGGAGGAGGAUUCUGUAAAUAAUUUGGAGAGUCCUUGUGCUUGCAGUGGGAGUCUUAAGUAUGCUCAUAGAAAAUGUGUUCAGCACUGGUGCAAUGAGAAGGGAGAUAUUACUUGUGAGAUUUGUCAUCAGCAAUAUCAGCCUGGUUAUACUGCUGUACCACGUCCCCAAUCUGAUGAAACUACCAUUGAUAUAGGUGGAGUAUGGCAAAUAUCUGGCGCACCACUAGACAUGCAUGAUCCACGUCUUCUGGCAAUUGCUGAGGCUGAGCGCCAGUUUUUUGAUGCUGCUGACUAUGAUGAUUACAAUGCUAACAGCAGUGGCGCCGCCUUUUGCCGUUCAGCUGCUCUAAUCUUAAUGGCUCUUCUGCUACUGAGACACGCACUGUCCAUCACUGAUGACGGGGAUGGAGAUGGAGAGGACGACGCAUCAACUUUCUUAUCUCUAUUCUUGCUUCGAGCUGUUGGCUUUCUUAUGCCUUGCUACAUCAUGAUCUGGGCCAUCAGCAUCUUGCAGCGCAGGAGGCAAAGACAGGAGGCUGCAGCACUGGCGGCUACGCAGUUUGCAAUCGUGGUUCAAUCAGCACAAAGCAGAGGCCUCCUCGUCACCUCAGCUGCACCAGCAGUCACUCCGUUGGCUACUCCACAUGCUGCUGACCCUUCACAGGCCGCGCCUCAGCAGGAGCACGUCUGAUCCAACAUUAGUUCCCCCAUCUAUGCCCAUUUAAGGUAUGCGGGAGUCAGCAAUUGCAGUUGUAUCUUUUCGCUUACUUUCACUUUAAUUUUUCAAUAUGAGACUUGGCUCUAUUACUGUGUUACAUGUGUAUAUGAAUUUCCGACCGCAAGACGAGCUGAUUGGCUGCGUUUUCGACUAGUUAGACGUUCAACUACGCCCCAGGGGAAAAAAAAAAAAAUUACUGAUGAGAAGUGUACGUAUUUGAUGUACCUUGUUAGUGUAAUAAUAUGUAUUUUGCCAAUUUAUUCUUUA